AUGGGGAAAGGGCAGAAGAACGCACCGUCUGGGGCCUCUGGCGCCUCGAAGCCUGAAGCGAAAGACGAGAAUCCCUCGGCAGAGGGCGGCGUUGCGGAGACGGCCGCCCUCGCCGGCGACGCUGUGGACGAUUCGCCGGCUGCAAGCGGGGCGAAGAUCUCUUCUUCCUCGUCUUCAGCUUCGGCGUCGAGCGCCGUCUCAGCGGGCGAGGAUUCAGCUUGCGCAGGGGCGCCUGGGAAACCAGAGUCGCCGUCGGACUCGUCCGCGGGCGGCGAACCUCCGGAGAGAAAGGGCUCUGUGUCUGCGGACUCGGCAGCCGCCGUCUCGGUGCCUGAGUCCGCUGCGCCAGACGCUGCGCCAGCCGCGCCCUCCGCCGCCGCGUCUGCGGACCCACCCGACGCGGGGACACCGACCCCCGGGGCAGGUACCCCGGGGGGUUCGGGCCCUGCGCCGGGGUCGUCUCCUCCUCCGCCUCCCGUUCCAUCGCUGGCGUCGUCGCCCGCGGCACUGUCAGCCCCGGAAGACGCGGCUGGCGAGCAGCCUCCGCUCGCGCUGGAGGCCUCGGCCGCUGCGAAGGCGGCGCCUUCGCCCCCGUUGGAGACGCGGGGGUCUUUACCUGCGCGCUUCGAUUCAGACGACGACAGCGCCGCCGCAGCGGCUCUGCAGACUCGUUUCGCGUCAAUGGCGCCGCGCCUCGCCACGUUCAGCCUCCAGCGGACUUACUCGGGCGCCACGGAACUUUUUCCGGCCCUGUCGACGCCUCUCGCCUCUCCGUACUUCCGAGGAAACGACGGUGACACGUUCGCCUCCGCCUCGCCGUCUGCGGCUCCUCCGCCGGCGCGCCCAGAGCUCCCCCCUUUGCCAGCCGGCGGCCUCGAGCGGGACGCGGCGGCGCUGUUUGAGGGCGUGGACGAGGAGGCGGACGUCAAGGCGCUGAAGAAUCGGCUGUACGACGCAGAGUUUUGGUUCAAGAAGCUGCGCGGCGACCUCGCCCUCUGGGUGGAGAAGGCCAUCGACCUCCAGGCGCGCCUGGCGGAAGCCGGCAGACUGCAGGCCUCGCAGGCCUUCGAACUGCAGAUGCUCUCGAGAGAGAAGCACUUGGUGGAGAAGCAGCUGGCGAAGGAAAAGGAGGACAUGAAGCGCGAACGCGAAGACUUCAUUCAGCAGCAAGCGGCGCUCAAGCAACAAGUCAACCAGCUCAAGAGCCAGGCCGCAGGCGCAGACGCGGCCGUGCGGGCUGCCGCUCAGGUCGCGGCCGGGGGCACCGAUGGGGAGAAAAGAAAGGCCGGCGGAGACGGACCCGCGGGCGAAUUCGCGGCGCAGGCCCGCGCCGCGGAGGCCGCUGCGGUGGUGUCUCUGACUGCCUCCGUGGCCGAACUGAAGACUGAGCGUGACGGGCUGGUCGGCGAGCUGUACUACGAGCGCCGCAAGCAGCAGGAGCUCAGCGAGGCGCUCCAGAAAGCGAAAGACGUCUGCGAAGCUGAGCACUUGCCGAGCUUGGAGAAACUGCGCCAGGCCCUGGAUCGGAGUGAGGCCGAGCGCCACGAGAUCCAGGCUCAGCUGAUUCAGUACAAGAUUAAGUACGCGGAGUCCGCCUUCGAGGAGCUGGGCGCGCGUCAGCAAGCGAUGCACCAGGGCAUGCAGCGCAUGCAGACUGUGCAGCAGAUGAAGUCGCUGCAGCUGGAAGUCGACAGACUCACCUCGCCGCGAGGCGACGGCCGGAUGUCUCCGCGGGGGCCUCUGAGCCGCAGCAACUCCAGCUGUCGCGGCGGCGAGCAGGCGCCCUCGUUGCUGAGUCGCGUCUGCGCGGCGCUGAGUCCUCGCAACCACCGCGACCGGGGCGACAGCUUGUCGCCCCGCACGCCGCACCCAGACGGCGAGUCGUCGCGUCCGGCGUCGCCGUCACCUCGCUACAGCAGCAUGGCGGACGCCUCCUACGCAAUUGACCACCCCGGGGUGCGCGACUUCACUGCGGUCGGGCUCCAGAGCCCAAGGUUCGAGGGGCAGUUCGCGCUGAGCCCGCGGGCGGACGAGCUGGGAGCCUCUUCGCUCUCCGUCCAGGGCCCGCGGUUCUCGGGCUGCGUCCUGCGGUCUCCGCGCGGCGGGGCCUCGCGGGGGGUCCCCGGCGCCGUGGGGGGCGGUGGGAGCCUUGCGGGGGCCUUCGCGGCGGUGGGCGAGAUGGCGUCGCCUCGACCCUCGGUCGACGAAGACCUCGCGCCUCCGCUGUCUCCGCGCUCUGCGGCGGCCGCGGCGCCGGGGGUCGUGCAGAACGCCGCACUGGCUGGCGAAGUGGCGCCGCUGACGAGCCGCAUGUCCUCGGCGCCGAAAGUCCCCCCGCUGCGGCUGGGUGACUUCCAGAACCGCCUGCGCGAGACAGCCGAGCCCGGCGGGGCGGGCGGCGAGGGGGGGCAGGCCGGGGCGCGCUGGAGCACCGCCCAGGCGGACGGCUCCGACGACUGGGUCAGGGAGCCCGGCGGCGGAGACAGCGCCGCAGGCAGCGGGCGCCAGGAGCCGCAGCGGACGACCUGGCUCGCGGCCGACGCCGAGAAGAGCAAGCACCACAGCCACGGGUGGCGGGAAGCGGUCACCGGGACGACGAGGAGAUGGUUCGGCAAGCUGAACCGGCUCACGUCGCGGAAGCCCGGCGGCGAGGAGGAGAAGGGCGCGGGGGAGAAAAGGAAGAAGAAGGACGACGCGAAGCUCGCGCCGGGCGCCGUGGAGAGCGGGCGAGGCAGCAGCCGAGGCGAGGACGCCGGAGCCCCGCCGCCAGCGGCAGAGGGCCCUCAGGCGUCGGAAACGAGCGGGCUAACCAGCGAGAAGGCGGCGGGUCAGGCGGAAGGGGCGCGACGGGAUCAGAGCAGGCGCUCCUUCUACUCUUCGUCCUCUGGCUCGUCGCUUUCGUCCUCCUUCUCUUCUCAGGACUCGCGGGACUUUUCGCCAUACAGACCGGAACGCCAUUCCGCGUCUGCGCGAGCGGAUGCGACUGCUCACGGCGCUCGCCCCGUGGAAGAGGUCGCGCCGGAUCGAGGCGAGUCGGGAGACGCAGGCGACGCUGAGGCAGAGGGAGACGCAGCCGCUUGCGCGCGUGGCAUGUCGCUGAAGGACCUGACCAAGCGCUGGGGCUCCGCGGGCGUGGAAAGUUUCGCGGCCUUCGUGGGCUCCACGGCUGCACGCCUCAAGGGCGAAGAGGCCUGCGGGGGCGCAGAGCCUGCUGGCGAGGGGGUCGCUGCGGGGCAGGGCGAGGAGACAAGGCCGAAGGGCGACGCGGAAGCCCACUCAGAAGGGACUAGCGGAAACAGCGCGAACCCGCACAGCUCGCUGGAGAGCGUGCAUCUGAAUGACAAGGAUGCGCAGAGCCAGUGCAAGAAGAAGAAAGAGAAGGAUGGAGGCACAAACGACCCGAUAGAGUGGCUCGCCGAUUAG